AUGCUGACGGACAUGGGAGUGGUACAAAGAAACGCUACUAAGAUCUGGGAGGACAAUCAAGGCGCAAUUGCUUUGGCUCAGAAAACUGGUUAUCAUGCUCGGACCAAGCAUGUGGACAUCCGUCAUCACUUCAUCAGAAAGACGAUCGAAGCCGGAACAGUUGCGCUAGCGUAUGUGGACACCAAACAUCAGUUGGCCGACGUACUGACCAAGGCUUUAGGAUCCAAGACGUUCAAGUUCCUGCGCGAUGCGAAUGGUAUCCAGUGCAAGAUUACCAAGCAGUAG